CGUAGCGGAACCCUUCUGCGGAGAAAUUGUUUCAGCGGCGGACAGUUUUAACCGACGUACCUUCAUAUGUUUACACGUGAGGUUUGUGCAGGGCUGUAACAUCAAACGUCAAGUCAUUAAAUCUCCAAUGCCGUUGUAUGACUCGUUUGAAUAAAAAGACCUGCAUUUAAAAUGGGAAAACUGAGGAAGAAACACAACUGGAAGGGAAGACAUCAGAGUGACACUCAACAACCAGCAGAUGAGGUGAAGACAGAUGUUGUGGUUGAACUGCAAGAUGUGGACAGACUAAAAGGUGUAGAUGAGAGCAACGCUUUGGUCCUCCCAGCCAACAAAGCAAAGAAGAAGAAAGCCUGGGUGACACCUGUGUCCACCAAAAAGCCUCUGACAAAGAAGCAGAGGAAAGAGCUGCAGACGGUCCUGGAGCGCAAAGAAAAGAAAGUUCGGAGAGCAGACAUCCUGAGCAAACUGGCAGAGGUGCAGGUUCCAGAGUCUGAACUGAAACUGCUGUACACCACGUCCAAACUGGGAACAGGAGACAAACUUUACCAGAAUAAACAGUCAUUGGAUGAAAUAAAAGAUGGAGACUCAGCGCCAAAGAUCAGCAGUGUCAGUGGAGCAAACAGAAAAAGGAAAUGGAAAGUCGAAGAGGAUGAAGAAGAGGAACAAAAGGCAGAAGAAAGUAGUGAUCUGGACACUUCUUCAGAGGAUGAUGACGACGAUGAGCAGGUGGAUAAAGACAAGAAUGAGACGGCGGAGAUGAGUGAAUCAAAGAAAACCACCUCUCUUAGUCAGGAGGACAAACAGGACGUAAAGGAGGAGCAACAAAAAACUGAAGAAGAUGAACAGAAAGAGAAGAAGACUUCAAACCAGGAGAAAGAUCAAAACAAGAAGCUGUCACAGCCGGCUGUCUUCAUUCCUGUCGACAGAUCACCAGAAAUACAGGAAGCUCGUCUGAAGCUGCCCGUGCUGGCAGAGGAGCAGGUCAUCAUGGAGGCAGUGAGAGAGAACCCCUGUGUCGUCAUCUGUGGAGAGACAGGAAGUGGAAAGACCACUCAAGUGCCUCAGUUUCUGUAUGAGGCUGGUUAUGCCAGUGGCAGUGGAAUAAUCGGUAUCACAGAGCCAAGAAGAGUAGCAGCUGUGAGCAUGUCACACAGAGUGGCCAAAGAGAUGAACCUGUCCACACGGGUGGUGUCCUACCAGAUCCGAUAUGAAGGGAACGUGACCAGUGAUACCAAGAUCAAGUUCAUGACAGAUGGUGUUUUGUUGAAGGAGAUUCAGAAGGAUUUCCUGCUCCAGAGAUACAGUGUGAUAAUCAUUGAUGAGGCUCAUGAACGGAGCGUGUACACAGACAUCCUCAUCGGACUGUUGUCCCGUAUUGUCCCGCUCAGAAACAAGAAAGGUAUGCCCAUGAAGCUGCUGGUCAUGUCGGCUACCCUGCGAGUGGAGGACUUCACAGACAACACAAAGCUGUUUCGGAUUCCUCCACCCGUCAUCAAGGUGGACGCUCGCCAAUUUCCAGUCACUAUACAUUUCAACAAACGCACCCCGAUGGAGGAUUACACCGGAGAAGUUUUCCACAAAAUCUGCAAGAUCCACCGGAUGCUUCCUCCAGGUGGUAUCCUGGUGUUUCUGACCGGUCAGGCAGAGGUUCACAGUGUGUGCAGAAGACUGAGAAAAGCUUUUCCCUUCCGGAAGGGUAACACAACCACUGGUGAAGAUGAGGAAGCAGACACCUCAGAGGCAAUGAGGAAGUUUAAGAAGGCCAAACAGAAGAAACCUGUUUCUCUGCCCCGAAUUGACCUAGAUAACUACUCUGCCCUCCCUGUGGAUGAAGGCGAUGAGGACAGAGAGGCCGGGAUCGGAGAUGAGGAGGACGAUGGAUCUGAUUUGGAAAUCGGAGAUGAUCCCAACGAUGCAGAGGAGAAGGCGGACCCCUCUAUUCCUCUCUAUGUCCUCCCUCUGUACUCUCUGCUGGCUCCAGAGCAACAAGCUAAGGUGUUCAGGCCUCCUCCGCCUGGUACCCGUCUGUGUGUCGUAGCCACCAACGUGGCCGAGACGUCUCUUACCAUUCCUGGCAUCAAGUAUGUGGUCGACUGCGGCCGAGUUAAGAAACGUUUCUACGACAGGGUGACUGGAGUUUCCUCCUUCAAGGUCACAUGGACCUCACAAGCCUCAGCCAAUCAGAGAGCAGGCAGAGCAGGACGAACAGAGCCGGGACACUGCUACAGGUUGUACUCGUCUGCAGUGUUUGGAGACUUCAGUUUGUUCUCAGAGGCAGAGAUCACUCGCAGGCCUGUGGAGGACCUGGUUUUACAGAUGAAAGACCUAAACAUAGAUAAGGUGGUCAAUUUUCCAUUUCCCACGUCUCCAUCUGCUGAGGCUCUUGUUGCAGCAGAGCAGUUAUUAGUCUCAUUGGGAGCUCUGAAGGAGCCGCCUCGCACCGGACGAGUGAAGGACAUAGAGCAAGCGAGACUGAGCUGUCCGAUCACCCCCCUGGGCAGAGCCAUGGCCUCAUUCCCUGUGGCACCUCGUUAUGCUAAAAUGUUAGCUCUCGGUAAGCAGCAGGAUUGCUUGCCUUACGUCAUCGCUGUGGUAGCAGCCAUGACAGUCCGAGAGAUCUUCGAAGACCUUGACAGACCUGCUGGAAGUGAAGAUGAGAGCUCCAAGCUCAAUCAGCGUCGAGCUCGGCUAACCCAAAUGAGAAGAUUGUGGGCUGGACAAGGAGCGUCACUCCUGCUGGGGGACCUCAUGGUCAUGCUGGGUGCGGUUGGUGCUUGUGAAUUUGCUGGUUGUACUCCCAAGUUUUGCGAGGACAACGGUCUGAGGUAUAAAGCCAUGGUGGAAAUCAGGAGGCUCAGAGGACAGCUUACCAAUGCAGUAAACGCAGUGUGUCCAGAGGUGGGAGCCUUUGUGAAUCCCAAGAUGACUCCACCGACAGAGCACCAGGUGGUCUGCUUGCGGCAGAUAGUUCUGGCCGGACUGGGAGACCAUCUUGCAAGGCGUGUACAGGGAGAAGACAUACUGGACCCAAAAUGGAAGAAUGGUUACAAGACACCUCUCAUGGAUGAGCCAGUGUUCAUUCAUCCCUCCUCUGCACUGUUCAAAACACUGCCUGAGUUUGUGGUCUACCAGGAGAUCAUGGAGACCACAAAGAUGUACAUGAAAGGUGUGUCAGCAGUAGAAGCAGAGUGGGUACCCCAACUUCUGCCUCAGUACUGUCAUUUCAGUUCCCCACAGGAGUCACCAUCACCGUGGUUCUGUUCAUCCACAGGCACCAUCAGAUGUCACCGUGCCAGCACCUUCUUCCGUGUCGCUUGGCAGCUGCCAGCAGUUGAGAUGGAAUAUCCAGAUGGCUUGGAGCGCUACAAGCUGUUUUCCAGGUUUCUGCUUGAGGGACAGGUUUGUCCUAAACUAAAGAAGCAUGUUGGCCACCUUCUGUCAAACCCCUCCAUCAUGGUGAAAACAUGGGCAAAGCUCCAGCCCAGGACUGAGGCUUUGCUGGGAGCGCUGGUAUCAAAGAGAGUUGACUGCAGAGAUACUCUCCACUCUGUCUGGAAAACUGAAGAUAAAUUUCUGUUGUCUGCGUACUGCCAAUGGUUACCUGAAGCACUGCACCAAGAAGUAGCCAAGAGUUGGCCUCCAAUAUAAAGGCUUACAUCUGAGAAGAAGGCAGCAAAUUAUAUAACUUGACUGGAGACCUGUGUUGUUUUAUACUUUGUAGUUUUUCACAGUCAGGGGGCUUCUUCGGCCCUUUCCGUUUUAAAAUGUUUUGUCAAAGUGCAUCUACAAUACCACAACACUGCCUUUUUUGCAUUUUCAUAUUUUAUACACUGCAUCUAUGACAUGUACAGUUUUUCUCAGCCAGAAAUUAUUUCAACUGGUCUUCUUUAAUAACUUUUAACUUGUUAUCAGUGUGCUGCUGUCAGUCAUGUAUGUCUGAUUUGGUCUUCAUAAGACUCAUUAAAACUGUGUGGCUCUGAA